AUGGAGAAAAAAUAUCCAGCGAUUGCAGGCAGAGAAAAAGGACCAGGUCCUGGGCGCUAUGGGCUUCCUCCCACUAUUGGAUUUAUGGGCCAUGACUUCACCAAGCCAACAAGCCCUGCUUACUCUUUCCAUGGCAGGAUGAGUGACAAUAUGUAUUGUGUUGACUCCAGUCCAGGGCCUCAGUAUCACAUUGAUGCAAAAAUGACCCGCUUUGGAAGAGAUGGCACACCUGCAUACUCAAUGUUGGGCAGAAUGAAAGCACAGAAGGAGCUCUUCCAGACACCUGGACCAGGUUCAUACAGCCCUGAAAGAGCUCCACCAUGCAACCUCCAGCGCAGGCCCCCAUCCUACACAAUGGGCUCUCGCACACGCUACCGCAGCAUCGAUUCAGUACCUGCUCCGAAUAAGUACUGUCUCCCUCCACUAAUGGGCCCUCAAGUACCGAACAAGCCAGCCAGUGCAAGCUACACUAUGUCAGGUGCUUUCAGUACAGGAGGACCAUCUGUGGAUUUAGCCAAGACACCAGGGCCUUGCAGGUACAACAGUACAGACCCAAGUGUUUAUCUGCCCCGACAGCCAGCAUUUUCCAUGCUGGGGCGUCACAGUUUUCCAAGAGAUGCCACCAAGAAACCUGGUCCUGGAACUUAUAAUCCAGAGAAAGUGUCAGUUCACAAAGCUCGGGCCCCAGCCUACUCCCUGGGAAUAAGACACUCAGAAUUUGUCACCCCGCUGGUUGUCAGUGUUUCUGAUUGAACAUCAUCCUCUCCUACAAAAAAAAGACUCAAACACAAUAAUGUAAUUUUUUUAGAAAAAUAUGCAAACAUAUGUGAAGAAGUACAUUUUAUUUUGUUCUUUCAGCAACAAAGAACUUGUUGAAUCAACCACGACUCACGGUCAAAAUUUAUAAUACUGUAUCUAGAAAUAAUAUAUUUACAUUAAACGUACACAAGUUUAAAGAACAGUAAGUGUUCAAACACAGAAAGCUCUUUUAGGAAAAAUGUGGGCUUGAGAAAAAUAAAACCUCCUGCCUGUAUGACCUCUCAGUAAAUAAAUCAAUAUCUCAACAAAAUGACAUCAAAAGACAUUUAAAAAAAAUGCAUUAAAA